AUGGGAAGAUCAAUUGAUCGAAGUUUAGACACGCUUAGUCUUUUGGCACUGGCAGGUGUAACAAUCCAAGGACAUCCGCGCGAGGGAGCAAGGCCAAUGGCCUCUAACGCCACGCGGUUGCACACCCUGCCCCACAGGCUCGGUGCUGAGCCCAGCGGCGGAUCCCUGAGGACGUCCUGCGCUGGGGUUCUGCCUGGCGCGGUGGCCUUUAUACAAUUCGGGGUGCCCCGGGUUGCUCUCCCCGACCUGCCCAACCCAGCAGGUUCUGCCAGGAUCACGCUCCAACCCCAGCGGGCUCCGACGCCAGGGGACGCGCUGAGGAGCUGGGAGGACGCCCGCGCCGCGCGGCUCCCGGGCGGACCCUCCCGCCAGGUGUCCGGUGGACCCCCAGGUUCACCAGAACUGAGGCUGGUGGCGCUGGAGAACGCCCGAGGGAGAGGCGGGCCACCUCGGAGAGGUGGAGGGAAGUCCCGAGCGAGCCGCCCCGAAGCGAUUCCGAGUCCGGCAGCCGCUGCGCCGAGUGUGGGCGCCGCGCUCUGCCGCCGUGGAGGCUGCGGCGCUCGGGCAGCCGCCGCGCCGGCCGAGGGGAAGGUGGAACCUGCCAAGCUGGCGCCCGGCGGGGCCUCAGGGGGCGGCGAGCUGGCGGGGACUGCGGGGCCGGGCCUCCUGGCCCUGCUGCUGGCGGUGUGUGCUCCGCUGCGGCUGCAGGCGGAGGAGCUGGGUGACGGCUGUGGGCACAUAGUGACCUCUCAGGACAGUGGCACGAUGACAUCUAAGAAUUAUCCAGGGACUUAUCCCAAUCACACUGUUUGUGAAAAGACUAUCACAGUCCCAAAGGGGAAGAGUCUGAUUCUGAGGUUGGGAGAUGUGAAUAUUGAAUCCCAGAGCUGCGCUUCUAACUAUCUUCUCUUCACCAGCUCCUUGGAGAAAUAUGGUCCAUAUUGUGGAAGUAUGACCGUUCCCAAGGAACUCAGGCUGAAUACAAAUGAAGUAACUGUUCGCUUUGAGAGUGGAUCCCACAUUUCUGGUCGGGGCUUUUUACUCACCUAUACCAGCAGCGACCAUCCAGAUUUAAUAACCUGCUUGGAAAGAGGUAGCCAUUAUUUGAAGACUAAAUUCAGCAAAUUCUGCCCAGCUGGUUGUAAAGACAUAGCAGGAGACAUUUCUGGGAACACGGUAGAUGGCUACAGAGAUACCUCUUUACUCUGCAAAGCUGCCAUCCACGCCGGAAUUAUCAGAGAUGAACUGGGAGGCCAGAUCAGCAUACUACAGAGCAAAGGGCUAAGUCGUUAUGAAGGAAUACUCGCCAAUGGUGUGCUUUCCAGGCAUGGCUCCCUGUCAGAAAGGCGCUUUCUGUUUGCCUCCAAUGGAUUAAAUGUUACAGCUGUGGCCAUCCCAUUGGUGCUCCUCGUUGCCCUGCUUCUGGCUGGAAUGGGCGUCUUUGCUGUCUAUAGAAAGAGGAAGAAGAAAGGAAACCCAUAUAUAUCUGCUGAGGCUCAGAAAACAGACUGUUGGAAACAGAUUAAAUAUCCAUUCGCCAGGCAUCAGUCAUCGGAGUUUACCAUCAGCUAUGACAAUGAGAAGGAGAUGCCACAAAAGUUAGAUCUCAUCACCAGUGAUAUGGAAGAUUACCAGCAGCCUCUCAUGAUUGGCACGGGCACAGUCACGAGAAAGGGCUCCACUUUCCGGCCCAUGGACACGGACACCAAGGGGGAGAGCGGGGUGAGCGCGGAGGACGGCGGCCACUACGACUGUCCUCAGCGCGCCGGCGCCGGCGGCGCGGGGCAGCACGAGUACGCGCUGCCGCUGGCGCAGGCGGAGCCCGAGUACGCCACGCCCAUCGUGGAGCGCCACGUGCUGCGGGCGCAUUCCUUCUCCGCGUCCUCCGGCAGCGGCUACCGCGUCCCCGGGCCCCGGCCUGUCCACAAACACUCUCUGUCCUCCGGUGGCUUCUGCCCGGCCGCGGGGGCGCAGGGCGGGGACUAUCAGAUGCCACCCGGCCCCAAGCCCGCAGACGGGGACUACGACAAGCCCCAAACCAGCAGCUUCUUGGCUGUUGAAAACAGAGACCCCGCCUCUCCAAAGCCACAGGUGCAUCCUGAGUUGAACGAUGGUUAUUCAUCCCCCAGAAACUGCCUCACGCCCCUCCACCAGACCGCCAUGACGGCUCUCCUGUGAACACGAUGUGCACGGCGCCUGCCUGGUGCCGCGCCAAGCCAGAGGCUUGUCACUGAUUAGUGUGUCCAUGUGCCAUGGGCACUGUGACUCGGUAAGGAUCCAGGAGACAGCGCUCCCACGCUGUUUACACCAGUGGUUUUUGUUCUGACCCUUGGGGUGAGAGCCCGCUGGUUUGUGUAAGGCUAGAAACAAACAAAAAUGGACAUUUGUCACAUGGCAUUUUCAUUUUUCUGUGAUACUGAGCUCCUUGAGUGUAAAAUGUGCAAUCUGUACAGAGCUGUAUUUAAACAGAAUUAAAGUAACUUAAGUUCACUUUGUCA